AUGACGCUCCAGCCAGACUGCACAGUCCCCACCAGCUACUCUGAACAGGACCCUCCAAUUCAUUCUCCCCCAUCACACCAGAUCCUCAACCAAGGCUUAACCAAGAGGGAGGAAUCCCAAGCUGAUCACGUUGCCUCCGAUCUGUCUUCUGGGAGUGUUGCAAGGAUGAAUGAGUUAAUAAUGCGGGAAGAGCACUCUGAGCUUUGGGCGAAGGAUACAGAGGAACAAAGUGCGGUGGUUCUCACACGUAUCACCAAGCAGAAGACCACUGGAGCCACAGGAAAUUCCAGCAGAGGAGGGUCCUUUCGCAGGUCUGACCACUGGGACUCAACUCAAAUUGGGUUUGGAAUGAAGGCAAGAGAAGAGAGAUGCAUUUCCUUUCCUUCCACCAAGGGCCUGGUGGUGCACAGGAGCCCGAGGCUCAAGCAGAGGAGCAACGGCCAGAUGACCCUGAACCCCCUGCUCGCAGGCAGCCUGCCUGGGAUGAAGCUUUACAUUCAGACCUCGCCUGGCAGAGACAAAGGCUGGCCUGUCUGUCUCUGCUUCUCCAGGGAAAACAGCAUGGCCAUUAACCCAGUCACCCCUGUGGUUGUGACACCUGAUGCUGGCAUUGCAGGGAGCUGCUGAAGCAGUGUUUCGAAGGCAGCCUCGAAAAGCCAAGCGAGAGGGGAUGAAUGCAGUGAUUCCUCACUGGGAGGGAGGCAGCCCCUAGAAAAAGCAACCAAGCAUGUGUGUUCCAGAAAGGAAGGGAAACGAAGAUCAAGCUCAGCGCCUCCCUGUCUCUCCUUCCCCCAGCCUUCUCACAGUGCUUGAGUUCAAUUUAUGACAUGCCACACUAAAGAGACUGCCCAUAGAUUUAACAUUGGCAUUUCCUUCAUGCAGUGAUCCUUUCAAUCCCAUUUGCUGUA